UAUGUCACAUGAUGCUAUACGGAAGUAGCAAACGUCUUAUGUAGUCAGUCUGUGCAGUCUAUUUUAACGACUGUAAAGUCUAUAUAAGAAAGUACAUUAACCAGUUCAACAAGCAGACAUGGGUGUGACGGAAUUGGAGGAACCUUCUCUGUUACUGGACGAAAAGCUGCUCCGUUUCAUGGACCAGCUGGAGUUACUGGAGGAGAAACGAGCCUCUCUCAACUCUCUCAUAGAGCAGGGAUGGUUUUCCAUGUCCAAGGCACGAUAUUCCAUGGGAAACAAACAGGUCUCAGCUCUUCAGUAUGCAAGUGAGAUUGAGCCUCUCGUCUGUGUCCAUGCAAGAUCACUGGACAAUGGGAAGAUGGAGUUCUGCACAGAAAGAGUGUCACAAAAGUGUAGUAAUGAGUCUGGAAAAGAUGGCAUGAGGUCAAUAGAGGAUAUUGGCCCUCAAGAAGAAGGUGUCAGGAGAAGAAUAAAAUCAAAAAAAGAUAUCACAGAAAAAGAGGCCAGUGAAGAAGCAAGUAGUGAGAAAGCUCCUGAAGUUCCUCCUGUAAGAAAAAGUGACCAGAAUCCUCAGCAAGACCCACUGAAAUGGUUUGGGAUUUUGGUGCCACAAUCCCUAAAACAAGCACAGUCGUCAUUCAAGCAAGUAAUAGAGCUGUCUGCUGAGAUUGCAACCCUUCAGACUGCAGUUUUGAACACCAGACAGGACCUGAUGCACAGCAUGAAAGACAAACACACUCUACAGGAGAAAACCUCAGCAGCCCAGUUGGACAAGGUUGCAGACUAAAUAACUGUCGAAUGGAGGCUGGAUGUGAUCUGAUCUGCAGCCCCAGAGAGUGACAGACUGGAGUCAGUAGUUGCCUGAUAGCCGGCAAAAUUGUCAACUCGACUUGGUGGAGUGGGCGGAUUCAAAGGUCUGGACCAAGUCAGUAGGUUAUGCUUCAGGUCCCAUCAAACUCCAACUGGUAGAUUUUGAAGUGAAGAUUGCUGAUGUAGCAGUUCGUACUUGACAAUUCAUUUGUAAUAAAUUAUAUGUGAACUUGUGCUGUUUUGACUGAAUAAUAAAUGUGUAGUAGAUUGAUGUGUUUGUGAAUGGAUUUACUCAGGCUCAAUAAAAUCUGUGUUGUACUCUGUAAUUGAUUAAUUCAUAAAUAUGAACAGAAAGUGUUUGAACCAAUUCAAUAAAUGGUGCUUGUUGUAAUAUUUUAA